GUACCUCUACGAUUAGACAACGUCGUCCAGUUCAUGAUAAUCCUUCAUUCUAUCGUCCAACUUUAAAUGAGAAUCCUUUUAGUCGAAAAUUUUUACUAGUAAUUGAAAUUUUGCUAGUAUUGACUUCUUUGAUUGGAUUGAUUUUUUUAUGCUUUCAGGUAUUAUUUAAUGAUAAAGUUUCUCAAACCAAUGACCGUUUUCAACCUAACGACGGUUCUCAACUUAAUGAUGGUUCUCAACUUAAUGACGGUUCUCAACUUAAUGACAAUUUUCAAUCCAAUCAAUAUUUUAAAUCCAAUAACUCUUUUAAUCCCAAUGAUGAUGUUUCGAUUGUAAAGACGGCUAAUAUUACUGAUGAGUUGAACGAACUUCGUUUUGCUGUUCGUAAUCUCAGAGUCGUCAUGGAAAAAAGCCGUGUCAUUAUUGACCAAUCCAAACCAAUUUCGAUAGAUCUCGAAGAAUUAGACCAAAAUAUUCAUAAUACAGUUGAAGAACUCCGAAAAUUUCAACAUAAAGCUGAAUGGUUCUUUUGGCUUCUUAUAGAAGAGGUGAAAGCUAUAGCUCAAGAAUUUGAAAAACUUCAUUUCUCUAAACACGAUCGAAGUUUAUAUGAAGAAGUUGCUAUCUCUAUUCAUAAACGCCUCAAAUCUUUAGAUGAUCAGAUAAAUGAUUUUCAUGAUCAAUUCAAACGUGUUGGUUAUGCGAUUGAUCAUGUUCAAAAAAAUGCAAUAAGUACACGAAAGAACCUGAUUGAAGUUAAACGUGAGGCUGAGAAUUCUUUGAAAGAACAGUGGUUAUCUUCUUUAAUUGGUAAAUGGCUUACUAAAUGGUUUAAUAUCACGAAUCCUACGAUACAUGAGAUUGAAGAAGAACUUGAUCAAGUAAACUUUAUCAAAAAGAUGCUAGAAGAUUUUGAUCGUAGUUUUAUUGAAUUUGAUGACUUUUUAACAAAUUAUCGUAUCAAAAUCAAUGAAGUUAUCGUACAGAGUGAUGGCGUUCCUGCAAAACCGACCGCUGAAUAUAUAUGUUACUUAAAAAAAGCAGCUGAAGAUCUUGAAAGGCAACAUUCCAAGCUCUUUAGCAAGGAAUCGAUUGGACAUGAUCCCAU